CCGGACUCCAUUAGGCUGCAGCUGGGCUGAGAGGAGACAAACCCAGCGGGCAGCGAGCGGAGCGGGCCGGGCGCCUGGGGCUGCCGGACCGGGGCUCAGGGCAGCGGCGGCCGCCGCCAUCGCCAGAGGGAGCCCCGAGCGGGCGGCGGCGCUGCCUCCGGGACCCCCGGGGGGGCACAGGGCCCCGCUCCGCCUCCCCUCACCCCCGCCGCCCCCCCCGCCUGCCCCUCCUCGCCCCCCCGGCUUCCCACCACGGCCGCUCUCGGCGAGGAAACUCUGGCCUCCGCUUCCUCCUCCUCCGACUCGGACACCGGCGGAGCAUCCCCGCCCCCGCGGAAGAAAGCCCGGGCCUCCCCGGCGGCGGCGGUGGAGGGAGCAGGAGAGCCCGGGGCUUCCGCGGGCAGAGCAGGCCUCACCUCGUCCCAGUCCCCCUCGCUCCCCGCCGGGCUCGCCGCCGCCCCGCUCAGAGGCAGCAGCAGCGGCGUCGGCAACGCUAUGCAGGCCAACGGGGCGGGAGGGGGCCAGCAGCAGCAGCAGCAGCCGCCGCAGGGGCCGGCGGGCCCGGAGCUGGGCUGUCUGGGUGCCCAGAACGGCGAGGCCUCGGCGGGCACGGCCGCCGGCGACCAGCUGGCCCACGCCAACGGGCUGCUGCCCUCGGCCAACAGCGGCGGCGGCAGCCCUGCCGGCCUCAGCGUCAACAACGGGGUGCCCGCCGCCGGGGGCCCCGGCCCGGCCGUCGCGGAGCUGGGGGGCGGCGGCGGCAGCGCCCUGAAGAAGAAGAAGCGGCUCUCGCAGUCCGACGAGGACGUGAUCCGGCUGAUCGGGCAGCACCUCCACGGCCUGGGCCUCAACCAGACUGUUGAUCUUCUCAUGCAAGAGUCAGGAUGUCGUUUAGAACAUCCUUCUGCUACCAAAUUCCGCAAUCAUGUCAUGGAAGGAGAAUGGGAUAAGGCUGAGAACGACCUGAAUGAACUUAAGGCCUUAGUGCAUUCUCCGCAUGCAAUUGUGAGGAUGAAGUUUUUGCUGCUGCAGCAGAAGUACCUGGAAUAUCUGGAGGAUGGCAAGGUCCUGGAGGCACUUCAGGUUCUACGCUGUGAACUGACGCCUCUGAAGUAUAAUACAGAACGUAUUCAUGUCCUCAGUGGGUAUCUGAUGUGUAGCCAUGCAGAAGACUUGCGUGCAAAAGCAGAAUGGGAAGGGAAAGGAACAGCUUCCAGAUCUAAACUUUUGGACAAACUCCAGACAUACCUACCCCCAUCAGUGAUGCUUCCUCCAAGGCGUUUACAGAACCUGCUGCGUCAGGCUGUGGAACUACAACGGGACCGGUGCCUAUAUCAUAAUACCAAACUAGAUAGUAAUCUAGAUUCUGUCUCGCUGCUAAUAGAUCAUGUUUGUAGUAGGAAACAGUUCCCAUGCUAUACACAGCAGAUACUAACGGAGCACUGUAAUGAAGUGUGGUUCUGUAAAUUCUCCAAUGAUGGCACUAAACUAGCAACAGGAUCUAAGGACACAACUGUUAUUAUAUGGCAGGUUGAUCCAGAUACUCACCAGCUAAAACUACUUAAGACAUUAGAAGGUCACGCAUAUGGUGUCUCUUAUAUUGCUUGGAGUCCAGAUGACAGCUAUCUUGUUGCCUGUGGCCCAGAUGAUUGUUCUGAGCUUUGGCUCUGGAAUGUACAAACUGGGGAGCUGAGGACAAAGAUGAGCCAAUCUCAUGAAGACAGUUUAACAAGUGUGGCCUGGAAUCCUGAUGGAAAGCGUUUUGUCACAGGAGGUCAGCGUGGACAGUUCUAUCAGUGUGACUUAGAUGGCAAUCUCCUUGACUCCUGGGAAGGGGUGAGAGUACAAUGCCUGUGGUGCUUGAGUGAUGGGAAAACUGUUCUAGCAUCGGACACACACCAGCGAAUUCGGGGUUAUAACUUUGAGGAUCUUACAGACAGGAACAUAGUCCAAGAAGAUCACCCUAUUAUGUCGUUUACUAUUUCAAAAAAUGGCCGUUUAGCUUUGUUAAAUGUAGCAACUCAGGGAGUUCACUUAUGGGACUUACAAGACAGAGUUUUAGUGAGAAAGUAUCAAGGUGUUACACAAGGAUUUUACACAAUUCACUCGUGUUUUGGAGGUCAUAAUGAAGAUUUCAUUGCCAGUGGCAGUGAAGAUCACAAAGUAUAUAUUUGGCACAAGCGUAGCGAGCUGCCAAUUGCGGAGCUGACGGGGCACACGCGUACUGUUAACUGUGUGAGCUGGAACCCACAGGUUCCAUCCAUGAUGGCCAGCGCCUCUGAUGAUGGCACUGUUAGAAUAUGGGGACCAGCACCUUUUGUAGACAACCAGGACAUUGAAGAGGAAUGCAGUAGCAUGGAUAGUUGAUGGCGAACUUGGAGCAGACGACUUCAGUUUAACUUAAUUAGUCGUAUUUUAAAUGGCUUGGGAUUUGGUGCAAACACACAUGAUUGAUAGCUGGACAGACAUGCUCGUCAUGAAAAAGAACCAUUUCUGAAGCCCGGUUGGGGCCAAACAUUUACCACCUUGCUUCAUAGUAACCAGUCGAGAUGAAGCACGUCGUUAGAACGUUGUUGGACACCGUGUUGAAAUUAUCCCCCCAUCGGUUGUGAAGAACUGUGCUACAUUCAGGCUAACCAUUGAACUCAGUAUAUAUAUAUUUUCCCUCCUGCCUUUUUGUCUGGCAGGCUACUGUUCUUGUAGCUCUUCUACUACUACUCUUCUACUACUUGUUGCUCUUCUGUGUAAUGAAGUUUAAAUGCUUGUUUGGAACACUUUAUUUAACAGUUUAGAAGGCUUGAUAGAAAGAGUGCUUUAGUCUGAAGAGUAUACAUUGGAUAGGAAAGUAUUUCAUUGUUUCUCAAGUCUCUCUCCGCCUUACUUAGCUUGAGAUCUUUGCAGCUUGGUUCAUGGAUUCUAGCCGUGCCCGUUGCACAGUAUAUAUAAAUUGAGAUGAUAAACCAAUGAACUACGUCAAAAGCACUCUCAAUAUCAUAUUUGACAAAAAGUUUUGUACUUUUCACAUAGCUUGUUGCCCUGCAAAGGGGUUAACAGCACAAUUUUUAAAAAAUAAAUUAUUUAUAGGAUUAAAAUGACUUCAUUUGUAUACAUUUGGAAUUAAAACAAUGCAAGAAGUGUCAUGAAACACAGUAUCACUGAUGCUUUUCUGGAGUGUCUUGAGACCCAAUCAAAGCAGUGGCUGGAAGGACCUUUAUAUAGACAGUGAAGCGAGUUUUAGAAGGAUGAAUUCACUGUUGAUGUUAACAGAGUAUUACUUAGAAAAAAAAAAAAAGCAUUCAGAGUGCACCACUAGACUAAGAGUUUAAAUAAGACAUGGUCUUUUUGUUUUUUUAAUUAUAUAAAUACAUGCAGCAAUGCUGGUAAAAGGUAGACUAUGCCUUGAGGGAAAAAUGCAUUGAAGGAGUCCUUUCCUUGCAAAGUCAACAUUUUGUAAAAGUAAUUAACAUAAAAAAGCAUAAUUAAACACUUGUAUUAUGAUGCAAUUUUUUCUUUAUUUGAUAAACAAAGGUGUAUAGAUUUUCUUUUUGAGAAAAUAUGUUUAAGUUUGCAGAUUUAAAUGCCUCUCCCAAACCUUGUUGAAGAGCUGGUGCUGUGAACAUCUUGACACAUCUAGGAAUAGUUCCACUAAUAUCCCUUGUUAAGAAAAGAGGACAUUUAUAAUCUAAGUAUUUAUUCUUUUUGACAUAAACAGAUGGCCUAGCAUCUCUGUGCUUCUGCGCUACACACAAAUUCAUUAUGGGAUGGCGCUGGAUGCCCUUUUGCCACCUUGGGUAGAAAGGUACUAUUGGUACUGUGGUGAAGUGAGGAGGAAUAGGGAAGGGCAUGCCACCAAGAAUUACGUGAACAGAAAUAUGGACUUCAUCCUUUGAGAUAAUAACCUAGUGUCCUUAUUAGGCAUGUGUGGAAGAAGGGUGGGGGAAGGUUUGCCAGAGUUCCUGGGAAGAGAAGUGUAACCACGUGGAUACAUGGGAAUGUGGUGUUUAACAUAAACAGUUCCUUUUCUUUCCCAGAAAAACAAAGUGAAGCUUAGCAGGUUAGUUGGUUGGGUUGUUGUGUUUUGGUUUUUGGUUGUUUUUUUUUGUUUGUUUGUUUGUUUUGGGGGGGAGGGUGUUUGCUUUUUUUUUUUUAGAUUCCAGCCAUCUGGUGGUGGGAUUUUUUCUUGCCUUGUGUGUAAAUGGAAACACGAUUUAAGAUUCUGAUACCAGCCCUGAAUCUGACAUACUUCUAGUACCUCCAAAAUGAAGUAGGAACUUAAUGUUCUUGUCUUCAAUCUGGUAUAUCUGUCUUAAAAUUAAUGUGAAUUACUGUUCCACAGUACUGGGAAUACUUGUGUAAACUUAAGACUACAAGUAAGUUCCUUCUUCCAUUAGCUGGUUCUAGAGGAAGCUGUUUGUUUCUGUUUCUAGUUAAGACAGUGUAAGAUUAGUCAGUCUCCUUCCUUGUGGCAUCAGUGUUGCAGGGAAACUGCCAGCUUCCUAAGGUCAAAUUUGAGUAAGCUAAACCUUCGGGUUUUAAAUAAAAAUUUAAUACCUAAAUUACUGUCUUACUCUGGAACUUAGGUUUUCAAACAAAACAUUAUUUGGGGAGAAUAUGGAGUAUAAUUCUCUUUUGAUGUCUCUUAAAAGUCUCAUACAAUGGUCCGCUUACCUCAUACUCAUGGGACUUCAGUGGGAACUUUAGGCAGGGGGUUGAAGGCUGGAUCAAAUCUCAAGUUUAGAUUUGAAGUCUCACGUGCACUUCAGCAGGCAUUUUUCAUGUGGUGGCCAUAUCUAAAUAAAGAUUGGGGUGGGUGGUAUGGGCUGAUGCCUACUUUUCAUUGCAAUGCAUUGCGAUUUAGAAGUUGAAACUUAGUGCUUUUGCCAAAAUACUGCCCCUCCGUUCUGGGGUUUCUCUUCUGAACUUGGUUUGUAUCUCUGAAAUACACUUCAGGUAUUCAGAAGCAGAGUUAGGGAGAAGCAUGUGUUCUGGUAUCUCCACUUCAGUUCUGUGGUGCAACUAUGCAAUGUAAAGGAAAGCUCCCUAUAGAGGACACUGUUUCCAGAGUGGCUCAGUAACUGCGUCUUGCACAGCUCUGUCUCGCACAGGGGAUGAGCAGAGGUGAGAAAGGUGAGAGUCAUCUGCAUUUAACCACAAUACUUGGUCCCCCAGUAAACUAAUAUUACAGAUCUAGUGGUAAUGACUGCCAUUCCAACCUGUAGAUUAAAGAGGAACCUAAACUAUUUCUAACACAUUACAUUCGCAAUAUGUGAAUUGAAAAGUACCAAUACUUUUUGUACACACUAUAAAAAUGAGACUGGGGGGGAUAGAGAACAAAGAAAUUUGCUCAUUUGUAACAUGUUGAUUUCCAUGUGCUUAAAAAUGUUCAUAGGCUGGAACAAGUACACACCUGCAAUAAAUGACUGUAUUUCUAGUCAAAAGGCGUAUUGUUUUAGAGAGGAAAAUACUGUAAGCAUGUGCUCCUUUUGUAACUUUCUCUGGUCAACUGUUGGCUUAAAAUAUUCACAGUAGCCCCAGGUUAUUGUCAAGGGAGAUGUUUAAAAAAAUGAUGCUGAAGCAUUUAAUUAUCUGAAUGUUCUUUAGCUGUUCAGGUAAGUAAUUUUCAAGGCACAAAAGGGAAGAUGCUAGUUCUGUCCUUGUUUUGGAGGGGAAGGUGGUGGGGGGAAAAAUUACACCUUUGUUUUAAAUUCCCUUCUAAAGUUCUCCAACUUUAAUUUCUUUUUAUUAUUAUUAGAGCAAAGAUGCAAGGUAGGAAUCUAUCCAUAUCUUGCCAGUUACUUCCCAACUUGGCUUCAAACAGGUAAUGUCUAAUAAAACUCAGUAUAUUCUUGGGAGUUUGUGUCUAGUUCUCUACUUUUACACUGCUAAGUGAUACUCCCACCCAAAUUCAGUUUUGAAGGCUUCCUUAGCAGGAAGUGAGGACUCAUACAAUUAGCUGUAGUUUGAGGGGAGAUGAUGUAGACCCAAAUGGGGAGGAAGGUAGAGAAAGAGGAAUUAACAUAAAAAGCAGGAUUUACUGACCAACAAACUACUGAACUCAAGAGGGAGGAGGAAAAAUGCACUUUCGAUAGUUGGUCUGUAUUUUUAGCUACAAAAUACACUUGUUUCUUAAUUUUUUUUUUUGAGACAACUAUUAAGAGGAACACCCAUCACAGAAGUGGCUAAUAUUCCUUUAGACCUCCUCCUGUCAUUUCCACAUUGGCUUGAGUCCAUUUUCAGCUGCCAUACUUAAUUUUGAAAACUGUUACUUCUGUAAAUGUUUAGAAAGAAAGAAAAAACACAAAAAAAUUGACACUUUUUUAAACAGGGUGGACUUAAUUAAAGUGUGCAGUAUUGAACUGCUGCAGUAGCUGCCUCUAGUUAUUGAAAUAAACUGUAUACAAGUUUUCUUAUUUCUAUAAUAAGAAUAAUCCAGAUGAUAUGGAUUCAAUAAAAUGUCUGUGAGAGUGUUCCUCCCAUCUGGUAUGAAUGUGCGUGUGCUUGUGUUCCAUGAACAGAGAACCAAAUGUUCUAGGUACUUGUCAUGUUUUAUUACAUACUUUAUAUCGUGUGUAUGUGAAGUGUCCUUUGACCAGAAGGUUUUGGUUAAUAUCAGUAUAUUUUUAUAAAUUUGAAAUUCAUUGUGCCCCAUCUUUUUUCUUAAAACAUUUUUCAUUGCUAGGGUAUAUGUGCUAGAUUUGAAUCUUUUAACAUUUUUAGGCACAGAUGGAAAAAGUUAUUGGCUCCUUGAAAACUUAUGGGACAAAAUGGAUCCUCAAAGCAUGUAUGUACUUACAAACCAAGCUGUAGAGAUCAAGAAAAGAACUUUAUUGUUGAUCUCAAGAUUUCUAAAUUGUCAAGAUUUAUAUGGAGUUGUGGUGGAACUAGUUAACACUUAGAGCUUUUGGUAUGUAAUGACUUUGCUAUGGACUGAUAUUAAAUGUUUCAAAGGAUUGCGCUCUUAAACUUUAUGGAUUUUUGUUACUCUCCUUGGAUUAUAUUAAGUAGUUAAAAAUUUCUUUGCUAUAUUACAUUAAAAACUUAAGAACUUGGGUCUCGUAUUUAUUUUCACUUGUUUUACUAAUUAUUUACAGAACACCGUUUUAACUUUAUUUUAUAAAUGUGUAGUAUUUUAAACAUAUCUUUAAAAAUCAAUUGGAACUACAUUAACUUCUGAUUUGUUUUUAUUAGGGUUUUUUAAAAAAAAAAAUACACUUUUUCCAUGUUGGUGCACAGCACUUAACAGAAAUGUUUGUAUUCCCUUUCUUUCAAUUCAAUAAACAGAAUAAAUAACUGGAA